UGCCUCCACACACAGCACCAAGGCAUGGCUCUCCCAUCGCCGCUGGUGACAACAGGUAUCCGUGACUUAUCAUCUCGGUGGCUCUCAAGUCCACUGCAUCUCGAGUCCUAAAGUUAGAAACGUAGGUCAGUAAGGGAGGUCAGGGGACAAAGGGACGGGCCGCGAGAGGUACAGCACCGGGAGCCUGCAGGGGCGUCCGACCAGCAGCUCCCCCGAGCAUCCCUCCCCGGAGCAUCCCUCCCCCGAGCAUCCCUCCCGGGUCCUCCUACCGAAACCCCGCACGUAAACACGGGGCUCGUGACUCGGGCCUCCGGCCCCGGUGCGCGGAGAGCAGUUCCUCGCCGCGGCUGCACAUGGCCUGCAGAAGUUCGGCGGAGGCGGAGCGCGGAGCCCGGGUGGGAGCGGCAGCGGAGCGAGCGCUGCAGGCGGCGGCGGCCGAGCAGCAGGAGGCGGAGGCGGAGGCGGGCGAGGGGGAGGGGAGGCGGCGGAGGGGGGCGGAGGGGCUCUUGCCGCCACUGCGCUCGCCGCCUCCCCCCCGGCGGGAGCCGCUCGCAGCCUCUGCACUAGUCGCUCCGCUCGCUCGGUCAUGUGACCUUAACGUAACCGGACAGGAAAAGCCCCGCCGCCGCCGCCGCCGGAGACACCGACCGCGGCGGCAGCAGCAGCAGCAGCGAGAGGCGGCGGCGGCGGGCAGGGCACGGCCAGGCCGCCCGGCGGUGCCUCCUCCACACCCCGCGCCACCGCGGCACCGGCGACAGAUUUUUAAAAAAAUGGAUUUGGCCAACCAUGGACUUAUUCUCCUGCAACAGUUAAACGCUCAGCGAGAGUUUGGUUUCCUGUGUGACUGCACGGUUGCCAUCGGCGAUGUGUACUUCAAGGCACACAAAUCAGUUCUUGCUUCAUUCUCCAAUUACUUUAAGAUGUUGUUUGUCCAUCAGACCAGUGAAUGUGUCCGUCUGAAACCGACUGACAUCCAGCCCGACAUUUUCAGCUACCUCUUACACCUGAUGUACACCGGGAAGAUGGCGCCUCAGCUCAUCGACCCUGUGCGCCUGGAGCAGGGGAUCAAGUUCCUCCACGCCUACCCUCUGAUCCAGGAGGCCAGCCUGGCCAGCCAGGGCGCCUUCUCUCACCCCGACCAGGUGUUCCCGCUGGCCUCCUCCUUGUAUGGCAUUCAGAUCGCAGACCAUCAGUUGAGACAGGCCACCAAGAUGGCUCCGAUGCCUGAGAAACUCGGGCGAGAACCCCGGCCCCCGACCUCCAGGGUGAGCCAGGAGCAGGUGCCCGAAGCCACGCAGCUCUCCCAGCUGACUUCAAAUCUGCCCCAGGUCAACCGGACACACAUGACCCCCUCGGACCCCCUGCCGACCUCCCUGUCUCCAGAACUCGUUUCCACUCCCGUUCCUCCCGCCGCCGCCGGGGAGGAGGCCAACCUGGAAGCCUCUUCCUCUGACGAGCAGCCCUCCUCCCUCACCAUCGCCCACGUCAAGCCGAGCAUCCUGAAGAGGAACGGCAGCUUCCCCAAGUACUACGCCUGCCACCUGUGCGGGCGGCGCUUCACCCUGCGGAGCAGCCUGCGGGAGCACCUGCAGAUCCACACCGGGGUGCCCUUCGCGGCCAGCCAGCCCGGGGAGGGCCGCGGGCCCCUGUCCCUCUGCAGCAACGCCGCGGACCUGGGGAAGGACGCCGCGGAGGCGCCCGAGGCCGGGAUGAUCAGCGACAGCGAGCUGCAGCACAUCUCCGACUCCCCCAUCAUCGACGGCCAGCAGCACUCGGAGACGCCGCCGCCCUCGGACAUCGCGGACAUUGACAACUUGGAGCAGGCGGACCAAGAGCGGGAGGUCAAGCGGCGCAAGUACGAGUGCACCAUCUGUGGGCGCAAGUUCAUCCAGAAGAGCCACUGGCGGGAGCACAUGUACAUUCACACCGGGAAGCCCUUCAAGUGCAGCACCUGCGACAAGAGCUUCUGCCGGGCCAACCAGGCCGCCCGGCACGUGUGCCUCAACCAGAGCAUCGACACCUACACCAUGGUGGACAAGCAGACGCUGGAGCUCUGCACGUUCGAGGAGGGCAGCCAGAUGGACAACAUGCUGGUACAGACUAACAAACCCUACAAGUGCAACCUGUGCGACAAGACGUUCUCCACUCCCAGCGAGGUUGUCAAACACUCCUGCCAAAACCAGAACUCGGACGUCUUCGCCCUGGACGAGGGGCGGUCCAUCCUCCUGGGCAGCGGGGACUCUGAAGUCACGGACCCCGACCACCCCGUGUUAGCGAGCAUUAAAAAGGAACAGGAGACGGUGUUGUUGGACUGAAUGUUACGGAUCUUUUUAGAACUGUCGUUUUUUUACAAAGACUGUCUUCCUUCCCUUUCCCGAUUCAGAACUAUCGUUCUCCAUGGCAUGAUACGAGAGGUCCCGGGUCCCUUGCCCCUCUCCUUGCCCGUGUCCCCAGCCCCUCCUCCCCCUCCCCCCCCUCCUCCGUAAGGCUCUGUGCAUUAUAAACCUGGAACAUUCGCUUUCAUUCAGGGGACAUCGGAAAGAUGAUAGCCAGUAGUACUUGUACACUCAAAUGGGUUUUGAGUCUUAGAUUAUUUAAAAGCAUACUUGCUUGGAACUAAUGAAGGGUAUUUAACAAAACCAAACAACCAGAAUGCAAUUUGGUAAGCUAAAAUUAUGACCUUCCCCGGGUAGUGUCUUCCUCCUCAGAAAAACAAUGUCAGGAAAUCCAGCCUGCUUCUUGGAGACACAGCUGGGCUCUUUACUAUGCAAAGUCUCGGGUGGAAGACCUUAAACCCAAGAGAACACUCUUAGUACUCAUCCUCCAGGUGUCUCAUUUCAGAAUGCGUUCUUUGAGAUUAUGUCCAGUCAAGAAAAAUCAUUAGUUAAGAAACCUCCUUGAACAAAACACGGGAAAAAAAGUAAUAAUGUGAUGGCAAUCUUAAUUUUUGGAUAAAACAUGACAAGCUGUGAGUUUGUGUGUUUGUAAGAGAAAACGUGUGAUCCUUGCGACAAACAGGUGAAUUAAUGCACAUGCCUUAUCUAAUUGCUGGCUUCUUUCAAAGUUGAACAACAGAGUACUGUAUUUUCAUUUUUGAUAAACAUGUUGGUUUUAAAAAUGAGAUUGAAAGUGCUAUUCUGUCGAUGGUCUUUCUGAAUAGAGUUGACAUGCCAUUCUAGCAGUUGCCAGGGGUAAAUUUGUAUUAGCACCAACCUGCUGCUUUUAAAUCAGUGUGUCUGCUGCAGGAAAAGGGAUACAGGAUCUCAUAGGGGAAGCUGUGAGCAGAACAUGGGAGCCGUAAGGGUUUUUAAAAUUAAUGCUAAUAGUUUACUGGCAACACUCAUUGAAAACAUCAAAAAUGGCAAAGAGAAAUCAGGACCAAAAAACCUAAUUACUGUUUGGGAAAAAACAUGACUUUGGUAUUUAGUCUCCAGUUUUUUUAACGCCUGAAGUUUCCUCUGUUGGCCUGAGAACAGUAAAAUUGGUCCAUUCGUCUUUCCUUGGGACAAAACAGGAGCCAGAAGUAAGGACCGAAGGGGAGCGGGGAGAACAAUAGCAAUGCUGUGUACGUAUGUGUUAAAACUGACCAUCCCAUCCUCCUAUUUCAUGUAUAGUUGAGUUCUAAGAUUUGUAAGUUUUUAUACAUACUUUCAUUAAAUAAACAUUUAAGUAAAUGGG